AUGGACGUGGCGCUGGAGAACUUCAGGCAUCGGUGGGAGCUCUUCAGGGCGUCGUGCGAUCGGGCGGAGGAGGUGAUAGACAUGGCGAGAAGGAGGAUCACGACGGAGUACGUGGCGGACGCGGCCUCCGCGGCGGCACGGCCGGCGGAGGCAGGGCUGCCGCCGGUCAGCGUGCUCCGAUUGGAGCAGGCGCUGCACGCCGUCAAUUCCCUCGCCGCGGACCUACGACGUGGAUCUGGUGGCGGCGCCGUCUCCUCCCCGCCCACCAGUCCCUCUGGUGUGACACCUCAAGGAGACAAGGCAGACUGA